UCUGUAUAUCUGCUUUUCCCUUUUCCCUCGUGAGCUGCUGCGAGGAAGCCGAGCCGAGAUGAGCAACACCCUCCACCGCGGCCAGGCGGCGCCGCUGGACGACGACGACGACCUGCUCUCCUCGAUCCUGCUCCGCCUGCCCCCGCUCCCGUCCUCCCUCCCGCGGGCCGCGCUCGUCUGCAGCCGCUGGCGCCGCCUCGUCUCCGACCCGGCUUUCCCCCUCCGCUUCCGCCUCCACCACCGCCGCGACCCUGCCCCCGCGCCCCUCAUCGGCUUCUUCGACACCUACCACGGCGUCUCAUUCCAGCCGUCCAUGGACGCCCCCGACCGCGUCCCCCGGGGGCGCUUCUCGCUGCGGAUCGACGACCGCUACCGCUCCCUCGAGUGGCGCCACGGGCUCGGGCUCUUCCACCUCCCAAUCCCGCGCCAGGUCCUCGUCUGGGACCCGGUCUCCGGCGCCCAGCGCCGCGUGGCCGUGCCCGCAGGGUUCCACCAGACGAUGGGGCUCCAGAUCUGCGCGGCCGUGGUUCGCGCCCCCGCCGCUGCCGGAGACGACGCCCUCCGCUUCCAGGUGGUCUUCGUGGGCAGCGGGGAGCCGCACACACGAACGGCGCUCGCCUGCGUUUACUCGUCGGAGACCGGCGCCGUCAGCGAUUUCGUCUCGGCGCCGCUUGCAUAUUCCGGGGAUCCCAUCUCCUUCACGGGCAUGCCUGCUGUGCUGAUUGGGGGUUCGCUUUGCUGGUUGGUCGCCGCAGGUCCGCCGAGCAUCCUCGAGUUCGAUCUCUACAGGCAGAGCCUUGCCGUGACAUCGCUGCCGGUGGAAAUGUUUGCCGGGGCUCCAUACACGGUUAUGCAGCUAGGCGGUGGUGGGAUGACGGUCAUGCGGGCAGAGGGUGGUGGGAUGGCACUGGGUAUCCUCUUCGUGUCAGACUUCACCGCCCAGUUCUGGAAGAAGGAGACCGAUUGUGAUGGUGCCGUUUCAUGGGUGCGGGGAAGAAGCAUUGAACUGGACAGAUUACUUCCCCUGGAUUCGGCGAAACAGCCCCCGCAUACGAUAGGUUUUGCUGAGGAGAAUAAUGUGGUGUUCUUGUGGACAGUUUCCGGUGUCUUCAUUGUCCAUCUUGAGUCAUUGCAGUUCAAGAAACUUCUUGAGACCGAUGUCGUUUCUCGCUAUUACCCACUCGAAAUGGUCUAUACUGCAGACAUCAGUGGUGGACAUAAUGGAGCUGAAGUUGUGACGCAUCGGUGGUGGAAACGAUGGACACGACACAUAAGACAAUUGUUCAGUUAGAUAUGCUAUUGUGAUGUAUUGGUUGAGCAUGUAAGCUUAUCUUCUGCAUGUAAGCUGAGGUAUCUGAAGAACUGUUCUUCUUUCAAGAAAAUAUACGACAAACUUCUUGUAUACAGGCCAGCAAAUCAGCAAUUUUAUAGAUCAGGCUGCUGAACAGUAGUAUACAUGUCAAGGCUAAGAAACUACUGGGAGAAAACAAAGAUCAAGGAGAAAGACAGAGGGCAUAUACUUGAUGCAAAGUCCAACAACACAAGGAACAGGGAGCAGGGGGGCAUAUACUUCUGGAUGGUAAUCUCUGCUGAUGAAAAUGGGUGUUACUCUGUUCUUGGUCUGAAUCUGGCAUUGGAAAGGUAUACGCAUAUCUGUUACUUGAACAGUUAAAGAAUAGCCUGUAGUAGGCAGAAGCAUUUGAAGACUGAACAUAUUUUCUUGCUUCUAACUAACUGAAAUGUAUAUGCAAGGAAGGAAAAAUGAAAAAUAAGGUGAAAAUGACUGGAUAAAAUGAACCACCCAUUGCAAUUGUGCAAGAGAUUUAUUUCGUAGUACAAUCUUGUGUCCAUUCAUUGGUGAAAUGAAGACUCCAUACAAGGCGAAAAAGGUUGCAGUAUACUGCAAAGUCCAUGAAAAGAGUACGUGUCACCCCAAAAGUUGUUGGGAAAUUAACAGAUGGCAGGCUAAUUUUUUUAUGGAUCAUUGAAAAUGAACAUGUGCAACAAACCAAGAAAAUCAUUCAGGUCCCAUCAUCCAUGGCUAUAAGAAGAGAUCUCACUCAUCUGUUUGGAUCUGUACCAUCACACAAGAAAACGAAAAGAAAAAGAAAGCUCCCCUCUUCCUUCCUUGAGUAUCUAUUCAUUCCUGGAGACAUGGGGUUCCUCAGGCUCAGGGUUCCAGCAGGCCUGUGCUUGCUGCUGCUCAUGCCACUCCUCUUACUUCCUUGCUCUAGAGGCUCGGCUCGGAGGGAGUUCAUCAUCAAGGACUCCAGUGGCAGCGGCUGCGAGGACGGGAUAUGCUACAAGACCUGCUACAACCUUGGAUUCUCCGGAGGGGACUGCUUGGUGGUUUCCAUGGACCCCUUCAGGGAGCGCUGCGUCUGUCGCGCCCCAAGACCGAGCCUAGGUGGCGUUUAAUGAGCUGCAGGCAUAAACCAUCUGCAGUGGAUCUCAGAAGGCCACGUGUAGAUUAAAAAUUUCUUGCAGAUUUACAGGAGAAAACUGAAUAAAUAGGUUAUGUACUCUCUAGUCGCUUCCCAUUGCUUCUGAUACUUUUCGAUUAAGUGAGUUUUUUUUACGGUACCCCCGAGACUAAUAUUGGCUAUCCAUUCACUCAAAUCCAAUGGGGGUACUCCAAUAUUAACAGUAAGGGAAUACCGUCAGUUAAUGUCAAGGAGUACCUUGGUUCCAAGGAAGUGAAAACGUAAUCACCGGACACAAACCUACGGAAAAAAACUCAUUUUCAUGGAAUUAUCAGAUAGAUAAUGGCUUGAUUGAUCUUUUUUUUAAAUCUAUUUUCAUCCUCCAGGCAUUCUUCAUUGGUUUGCAUACUUCAUCAUCCUGCAGAUUUUCAUUUUACGAGGUUCUAUUUAAGAGUAAAUAAAAACAAGAGACAGACAUUCACCUCCAAAAUUUAUAAUGCAAAACUGUAAUUAUGUGUGCUGCUUCAACCAAUCAGGUUUCGAACUGUAAUUCAGGGCCUUGGUCUUCUUCCUAAUCCGGAAGAUGCACGCAGAAGCAUCCGGAUCACAUAUCAGCUAGCUACAUGUUCUGCUUUUAUGCCCUAUAUUGUCUCCUCUGCCCUCACACGUAUGAGCUGCAAUGUGCCGAUGACAUCUGGUGGGGAUAUAAUUGCAUCACACUCACUUUUUCUGUACUGUUUACUUCUGUUUUUCCUAAGGUCUCAUCGCCCAUGGCUAUAAGACAUGUCACUGACCUGCAAAUUUUUGAAUAGCAGGCUAUGCAAAUUCGUGAAAUAAUCAGAUGUACAAUCUAUUUUGUUGAUAUGCGGAUCAACUCAACCACAGAUCCGCUAAAUAGGAUAUGUAGAAUAUAUGAACAUCCAUGCACUAAAAAAAUGAACACCAAGAUUGGCAAAUUACACUUGAACUAAAUUUCAUUGUUGCCUGCCUAAUGACAAACCCAAGACUUGUAAAAUGGUAGUGUUAGCACAAAGCCACAGUGCAUUUUUAUUUUCAAGAUAGCUACACGAACAAUUAGCUUGAACCCCACUAAAAUGUCAAAUAGGUAGCUCAAUUGGCACAUCUGGAAGCUCAAAAGCUAUUCAUAUUCUUUCUUUCAAUAUUGUAUUGUUAUUUCUGCGUAUUUUGCAAAUAAUCUUAAAUUCAUAGAAACGACUUGGCUUGAAAUUUACUCCUAUCGCUUAUAGGAGAGUCCUGUUGCAACUCACAAGUUCAUCUGUAUUUCAUUUCAUGUUUUCAGGCUUAUCAUUUUUAAAGGUAAUCUAGAUCUAAAUAGUCAUCAUCACCUGUGUGGUAGUGGUUAGUUACUUAUUAGUAUGAGUAUAUUUUAUUGUGUUCCAUAUGGCAUGGAAUGAGCAUAAGAUAAUUCUAGCAACUUCCUCUUCUGAUCAGCUAAUCGUCUAAGUGUACAUGUUCUUUACGAUAUUAAUGAGUAUUAUGCUAUUUUGAGAAUAUUCUCUGAAUUUGAAAGUAGGAGUGUUUCUGUUUACCUAUUCUUGAUGUCUUUUUUAAUCAAAACUGAGUUGUUUCUCCCAAAUUACAGAUGCGAGUUUAUCUAAAUAUUUUCUUGAUGCCUCAUACCCUAUCUAUUUGGCUUUUUUUUGGAAUGUCAUUGGGUGCUUAACUUGUUAUGAUUAUAAAACAGACAUCGGUAUUGGACACGAUGGAGCUGCAGUUGUGAGGUAUAGGUGGUGGAAGCGAUGGGCACGACAUGUACAUAAGACAAUUGUUCAGUUAGGCCGGCGAUGGUAUAUAUCAGGCUGCCGAACAAUAGUAUACAUGUCAAGGCUAAAAAACAACUGGGAGAAAACAAGAUCAAGUAGAGGGAGAGGGGGCAUAUACUUGAUGCAAAGUCCAGCAGCAGAGCAGGGGGCAUAUACUUCUGGAUGGCUAUGUCGGCUGAUGAAAAUAGGUGUUACUCUGUUCUUGGUCUGUAUCCGGCAAUGCAAGCAAUAUAUUAAGGCAAAAUAGCAAUAAUUAAUUCUCCCAGUUGGUUCAGGCUAGAAUGGAAAAAUAUUUACAUUGUGCAAAAGCUAAUGCAAAAUCAGGAUGUCCACAAUUCUAUCCAUGGUAAGUACAUAUUACCUUUAAUUGGGAAGUCUCCAAGAUGGCUACAAUUCUAUCCAUGUUGCAUAAUAAAAUGAUCAGCUUUAAUUGGGGGAGAAAUCUCUAAACAUUCUAUACAUGGCAGCAAACAAUGGUUGCACCAUCCUCACUUUAACUGAUUCCAAUUUUCUUCUUCUAAUGCCUCAUCAUCUAUGGCUAUAAGAAGAGAUCUCACUGAUCUGUUUGCAUCUUUACCAUCUCACAAGAAAAGGAAAAGAAAAAGAAAAGGAAAGCUUGCUUCCUUCCUUGAGUAUAUAUUUGUUCCUGGAGACAUGGGGUUCCUCAGGCUCAGGGUGCCAGCAGGACUGUGCUUGUUGCUGCUCAUGCCACUCUUACUUCCUUGCUCUAGAGGCUCGGCUCGGAGGGAGUUCAUCAGCAAGGACUCCAGUGGCAGCGGGUGCGAGGAAGAGGGGUAUGCUACAAGACCUGCCACAUCGAUGGAUUCCCCGGAGGUGACUGCGUGAUUGUUACCACGGACCCCUACGUGCGUUGCUGCGCUUGUUGGCCCAGACCGGGCCUAGGUGGCGUUUAAAUGAGCAGUAGCCAUAAACCAGCUGCAGUGAAUCUUAGAAGGUCACAUGUAGAUUACAAAUUUCUUGCAGAUUUACAAGAGAAAACUGAAUAAAUAGGUCCUCCAGUUGCUUCCCAUCUAACUUGUUCUGCUGCUUCUCGAUUAACCGAGUUUUUUAGAGAAAUUUGACAAAA